AUGGAUGUCACAGCCCUACGAGACCGCAUCCAGUCGACGCUGGACGCAAAUGCGGAAAUUCGUCAACAGGCCGAGUUGGAUCUGAAAUAUGCCGAAACGCAGCCCGGGUUCAUCAAUGCCCUACUGGAUAUUCUGCAGGGGGAGCAGAACAAUGCUAUUCAACUGUCGGCCGGCGUUUACUUGAAGAAUCGCAUCACCCGAGGAUGGUCGCCCGCCGAAAACACCUCGCACUACCAAGCGAGAAUCCCCGCGGAGGAGAAACCGGGAUUCAAGGAGCGCCUGAUUCCCGCUCUUGCGUCGGCACCGGCCAACAUCCGUAACCAGCUGGUUCCCCUCCUCCAAAAAAUCCUGCAGCACGACUUCCCCGGGGAAUGGCCGGGGUUCCUUGACUUGACUCUGCAGUUGCUGGGCACCAAUGACGCCAAUACCGUCUACGCUGGCCUGCAAUGUCUGUUGGCUGUCUGCCGCACGUACCGAUUCAAGGCCGGAGAGAAGCGCGAUGAGUUUGAUAAGAUUGUGGAGCAUUCGUUCCCGCAGCUACUCAGCAUUGGAUCGAAGCUUGUCGAUGAGGAGAGUUUGGAGGCUGCGGAGAUGCUGCGCAUUGUGGUGAAGUCGUAUAAGCAUGCAAUUUAUGAAGAGAGGGAGCUGAACCACUGGUGGAAGUGCAAGAAAUGGUCAUAUGCCAACUUGAACCGUCUGUUUGUCAGAUACGGCAACCCUACUACCAUGACCAAAUCCUCCACCCCCGACUACACGCAGUACGCGAAGACCUUCAUCAGCACCUUCGCCCCUGAAAUCCUCAAGGGAUACCUGCAGGAAAUUGACAAAUGGGUUUCCAAUACCCAAUGGCUCAGUACCCCAGCACUCUCCUAUACCUUGGCCUUUAUGGAGGAGUGUGUCAAGCCGAAGGCAAUGUGGGAUCACUUGAAACCCCACAUGGACAACCUGAUUGCGCACUUUGUUUUCCCGAUCUUGUGCCAGUCGGAUGAGGACAUCGAGAUGUUCGAGGACGAUCCGUCGGAAUACCUUCACCGGAAAUUGAACUAUUACGAGGAAGUGUCGGCUCCCGAUCUUGCUGCCACGAAUUUCCUGGUCACCCUCACCAAGAACCGGAAGAAGCAGACCUUUGCCAUUCUCACCUUUGUCAAUGGAGUCGUGAGCAAAUAUGAAUCUGCUCCGGAUGACCAGAAGCUCCCCCGGGAGAAGGAGGGUGCUCUGCGGAUGAUCGGCUCUCUCGCAUCGGUCAUUCUGGGCAAGAAGAGCCCGAUUGCGGAUCAGGUCGAGUACUUCUUCGUUCGUCAUGUUUUCCCCGAGUUCCGCAGCCCCCAUGGAUUCCUUCGUGCUCGUGCCUGUGACACUUUGGAGAAGUUCGAGCAGCUUGACUUCAAGGACCCCAACAACCUUAUGGUCAUCUACCGGAAUAUUCUGGAGUCAAUGACCGAUUCGGAACUGCCCGUCCGUGUGGAGGCUGCUCUUGCUCUGCAGCCUCUUAUUCGCCACGACAUCAUCCGGACCUCGAUGCAGCAGAAUAUCCCGCAGAUCAUGCAGCAGCUCCUCAAGUUGGCCAACGAGGUCGACGUGGAUGCUCUGGCCAACGUCAUGGAGGACUUUGUCGAGGUUUUCUCUGCCGAGCUGACGCCGUUCGCAGUGGCUCUGAGUGAGCAGCUGCGCGAUACCUACAUGCGUAUUGUGGGCGAGCUCUUGGAGAAGAACUCCAACAAAAAUGGAGAAGAGGAUACCUAUGGCGACUUCUUGGAUGACAAGAGCAUCACCGCGUUAGGCGUGUUGCAGACCAUUGGCACCCUCAUUCUCACUCUGGAAAGCACCCCUGACGUGCUCCUGCAUCUUGAGACUGUUCUCAUGCCCGUCAUCAGUAUCACUCUGGAGAACAAGCUCUAUGAUUUGUACAACGAGGUUUUCGAGAUCAUCGACAGCUGCACUUUUGCCUCCAAGUCCAUCUCCCCCACCAUGUGGCAAGCUUUCGAAUUGAUCCACAAGACCUUCAAAGCUGGCGCGGAGUUGUAUCUGGAAGAUAUGCUGCCAGCGUUGGACAACUUCAUUGCCUACGGCUCAGAGAUGCUGGUACAAAACCCUGCGUAUCUUAAUGCUGUGGUGAGUAUGGUGGAGGAUAUCUUUACCGACGAAAAGGUCGGCGGCGUGGACCGGAUCUGCGGGUGCAAGCUCGCAGAGACCCUGAUGCUGAACCUCCGUGGUCACAUCGACCAGUACAUCCAUCUCUUCAUCACCUUGGCCAUGCGGGUCAUUGAUGCAGGCGAGGCCCGAACCAAGUCUUACCGGAUCCACCUGAUGGAGAUGGUCAUCAAUGCCAUCUACUACAACCCGGUUCUCAGUCUCCAAAUUCUCGAAGCCAACGGCUUGACGAACAAGUUCUUCAGCGCCUGGUUCUCGAACAUCGAUAACUUCCGGAGGGUUCACGACAAGAAGCUGUCGAUUGCUGCCAUCAGCUCGCUCCUGACUCUGCCGGCAGAUAGUGUUCCAGAGAGUGUUCAACAGGGCUGGCCAAGACUACUCCAGGGUGUGACAAGGCUUUUCCAGACCUUGCCUGCUGCCCUUAAACAACGUGAGGACGCUACCCGGGAAUCCGACUUCACGCUCGAAGACGAUGUUGAAGACGAUGAGGACAACGACUGGGAUGGUGAGGUCGAGUGGAACGAGGACGAGGCUGAAGAGGCUGUGGAUGGAGAUGUGGCCGACGAGAGCGCCGCAUACCUCGAGUUCCUCAACCAGGAGGCGGCGAAGUUUGGCUCGUUCGCUGAAGAUGACGACGACGAACUGGACGAAGAGAGUCUCCUCGAAACACCUCUCGAUAAGGUGGAGCCUUACGGCAUGUUCAAGCAUGUUCUGCUGAGCCUUCAACAAGAGCAGCCCCAGCUCUACGAGAACCUGACCAAGGUCCUUGGUCCUGAAGAACAGCAGGUUAUUCAGGCUGUCUUCCACGAAGCCGAUGCCAAAGCCAUGGCGGCCGCCGCCAAUGCUGAAGCCGCCGCGGCGGCGGGCAUGCAGUCCAAUGGCAACCAAUAG